AUGCGCACCUCUAUCUACAUCUCCCGCUUCAUUGCUCUCCUCCUCUGCAUCGCCUUCCCCCUCUACCUCGCUAUCCGUGGCUCUGCCUCGUUGUCCGACAUCGCAGUUCUCCUCUCCUCCCUCUCCGAGCGCGCCGAAGCCCUUCACGUCGAGCUCACCUCCCCGCUCACCGCCCCGCUUGCCGCCCCUCCAGCACCAAUCUCCGGAGGAGCCUUCGAAGCUUCCGCCGAGCCUGCCAAACCCAGGAAAAGAUACUCCUCCCUUCCCAAUGGACUGGCGCACUGCAUCAAUUCCUUCGAGCAGUAUCCGUUCCUCGCCGAGCAAGUGCUCCAGCGGAAGCAUGCGCGGUAUUCCAAGCAGACACCCGCGCAGAAGGCGAUAAGCAACAAGCUCGGCUAUCCUGCACACUUCGAGAAAGCUAGGAAGGGGGUCGAAGUGAAUGCCCGGUUCUCGGAAAAGAUCGCGCAGAUUGCGAGAGAGGAUUACCACACCGGCCCACGAGCACUGGAGGACAAUGAAGACGCGGAGUUUGGAGUUGUGGACCUGGCGUUUGGGCAUCUUUCGCGAGAUUGGAGCACACAGGGCGUAAAGGAGAGGCAGGCCGUAUUUCCGCCUGUUCUGGAUGGGCUUGAGCAACAUUUUGGCGGGAACGGGAGAGGGAAUAAGGUACUUGUACCCGGAAGCGGCAUGGGCAGGCUGGCAAGCGAUAUCGCUGAUAUAGGGUACGAUGUCACGGCCAAUGAGCUGGACUACGGCUCCAUCCUGGCCUACCGCCUGCUAACGAACCAUACGACCUCGCUGCACCAGCACACCCUGCAGCCCUUUGUGACCAAAUGGACGUAUCAGGCCAACCCCUCCUCGCGCUAUUCCGCCCUAACGGUGCCGGACCACUGGCCAAACAAGGCCGUCAAGCUCGUCGAGGGCGACUUCUUAGAGAUGUUCCCCGAGGACGGUGAGUUCGAUGCCGUCGUCACGCUCUUCUUCAUCGACAUUUCCAAGAACGUGAUUGAUUUCUUGGGCAACAUACAUCGGCUACUAAAGCCUGGUGGGGUGUGGAUCAAUCUUGGGCCGCUAAAAUGGGGCAGCCACACCGCUCUCCAGCUCUCCGCUGAGGAAGUGCUCCAGCUGGCAGAUCUGCUCGGGUUCGAUGUGGACUAUACGUCAAGGAAGAGCAUCGACAGUCUAUAUGCCGAGCAGCCAGAGACGUUGCUGAAGUUCACUUAUGUUACGCAGUUCUGGUCUGCGACGAAGAGGGAGUAA